UUCGCCAAGGUAAUUUUUGAAACUUCAAUCACUUUCAUAAUAGAAGCUAAACGGACUGACAAUAUUAUGUUUCCCAGGCCAGGGUUUAUUUGGCACCGUGGAUUUUUUUCCUCAAAUCACCAAACUGUUGUAUAAGCAGUUUUUGGAUGUGGAACGAGUGGGCAGUUUGUCUUUCACCCUCCUUUAACACGCAUCUGUUUGUUUGCUGCCAGAUUAUAUCAACUGGUCCUAACCCAGAGUGGGAUGAGAGCUUUGCAUGGACAUUUGAGAGUCCUCCUAAAGGUCAGAAGCUUCACAUUUCAUGCAAGAACAAGAGCAAAAUGGGGAAGAGUUCAUUCGGAAAGGUAACCAUUCAAAUUGACCGUGUAGUAAUGUUGGGGGCAGUUGCUGGGGAGUAUACUCUGUUGCCUGAAAGCAAAAGUGGACCUUCAAGGAAUUUGGAAAUAGAAUUCCAGUGGUCUAACAAAUAGUGGCCAAGCUAAGGUUUUAGUAACUCAACUGCCAAAUAGAGUUAAUACAUUGUUUACAGAUUUUCAUCAGACAUUUUCCCAUUAUAUUUAUUGUGUGGUGUAUAUAGUUUGGAUAAUCUUUUUGUAGUACUGAAACGCCUUUUGUUGAUGCAUUCUUUUGUAAUUCGAGUGAAUUUCAUUUUAGUUGGAAAGGUAUGAAGUAUGUUACUUUGUAAUUUUCGUACACGCAAAAUAUUUGUGGCAAAA